GCCCCGGAUGGGGAAGCGCCGCUCCUCUCGCUCCCGGCCCGGCCGAGCGCUCCGGAACCCGGUGGUCUCCUGCCCGCCAGGCACAUCGAGGCGGCAGCAGGGAGGGUUGGGGGACACAGUAUGGGCACCCCAGAGAACAAUCAGCACAAGACUUUCUAGGGGACGAGCCCCCGCUCCCCUCCCCCCCCCCACCCGGCGACCCGGCUGGCCACCCUUGGGGCGGGAGCGGGAGGAGGAGGAAGAUGUACCCCCGGCCCGUGGCUGGCCCCAAGGAAGUCCGCUGGCAGAAGGUGCUGUAUGAGCGCCAGCCGUUCCCGGACAACUACGUGGACCGGCGCUUCCUGGAGGAGCUGCGGAAGAACGUCCACGCCCGCCGGUACGAGUACUGGGCGGUGGUCUUCGAGGCCAGCGUGGUGGUCCAGCAGCUGUGCAGCGUGUGCGUCUUCGUGGUCAUCUGGUGGUACCUGGACGAGGGGCUGCUGGCCCCGCAGUGGCUGUUCGGCGCGGGCCUGGCGUCCUCCCUGCUGGGCUACGUCCUGUUCGACGUGCUGGACGGCGGGGAAGGGCGCCGCCGGAGUGGCCGCACGCGCUGGGCCGACCUCAAGAGCGCGCUGGUCUUCGUGGCCUUCACCUACGGCUUCUCGCCGGUGCUCAAGACCCUCACUGAGUCUGUGAGCACCGACACCAUCUACGCCAUGGCCGCCCUCAUGCUGCUCGGCCACCUCAUCUUCUUCGACUACGGGGCCAACGCGGCCAUCGUGUCCAGCACGCUGUCCCUGAACAUGGCCAUCUUCGCGUCCGUGUGCCUGGCCUCGCGCCUGCCGCGCUCGCUGCACGCCUUCAUCAUGGUCACCUGCGCCAUCCAGAUCUUCGCCCUGUGGCCCAUGCUGCAGAAGAAGCUCAAGGCCCGCACGCCCCGCAGCUACGUGGGGGUCACACUGCUCUUCGCGCUGGCCGCCUGCGCCGGCCUGCUGUCCAUCAGCGCCGUGGGCGCCGUCCUCUUCGCGCUGCUGCUGCUGGCCGUGUCCUGCCUCUGCCCCUUCUACCUCAUCCGCCUGCAGCUCUUCAAGGAGAACAUCCACGGGCCCUGGGACGAGGCCGAGAUCAAGGAGGAUCUGUCCAGGUUCCUCAGCUGAGGCCAAAGAGGAGCUGUCGGGACUGGAGCAAUAGCACAGCAGGGAGGGCGUUAGCCUGGCACGCCGCCGACCCGGGUUCAACUCUCAGCACCCCUGAGCACCGCCAGGAGUGAUUCCUGAGUGCAGAGCCAGGAGGAACCCCUGAGCAUCGCCGGGUGGGACCAAAUUGCAAAGUAAAACAAAAUAAAAAAAAAAAAAUAACACUGGUAUUGGUUUCACUGUGGGAUGGGAAGUGUAAGGGGUGCAGGGGGCAAACAGCUGGAACCACAGAGAAACAUCUGCUGGGGGACCUGGGCUUACCCUGUCCACUCGCUUUGGGCCCUGGUAGGGUUUUGCUUGGCGGAAGUGGCUUCACAGCAGGGUGGCAGAGGCCCUCGGGAGCUCAGUGCUUGCAGGGCUCCUGCUCGCUGGUGCUCCAGGAGCAGCCGCCACUGGUUCUUCCUGACUCCAGUGCUCAAGGUUAUAAAUAAAACUACCCAAGCGUC